UCCAGCACCUCCUCCGGCCGCACCUCCUAUGGGACUUUAUCCACCUCAUCCAGGUGUCUGUCCUGAGGUACCUCAACUUCAUCCACCUGUCUGUCAUGUGGGACCCCAUCCACCUCAUCCAGGUGUCUGUCCUGGGGGGCCCCAUCCGCCUAAUCCAGGUGUCUGUCCUGGGGUACCCCAUCCGCCUCAUCCAGGUGUCUGUCCUGGGGGACCCCAUCUGCCUCAUCAACCUAUCUGUCCUGGGGGACCCCAUCCACCUCAUCCAGGUGUCUGUCCUGGGGGACCCCAUCCACCUCAUCCACCUGUCUGUCAUGUGGGACCCCAUCCACCUCAUCCACCUGUCUGUCAUGUGGGACCCCAUCCACCUCAUCCACCUGUCUGUCCUGGGGGGCCCCAUCCGCCUCAUCCAGGUGUCUGUCCUGGGGGACCCUAUCCACCGCAUCCAGGUGUGUGUCCUGGGGGACACCAUCCACCUCAUCCAACUGUCUGUCCUGGGGGACACCAUCCACCUCAUGCAUCUGUCUGUCCUGGGGGACACCAUCCACCUCAUGCAUCUGUCUGUCCUGGGGGACACCAUCCACCACAGCCACCUGUCUGUCCUGGGGGACCCCGUCCACCUCAUCCACCUGUCUCUCCUGGGGGACCCCGUCCACCUCAUCCACCUGUCUCUCCUGGGGGACCCUGUCCACCUCAUCCUCCUGUCUCUCCUAGGGGACCCGGGACCCCGUCCACCUCAUCCAUCUGUCUGUCCUGGGUGA